AUGUUAACGUCAUUCAGCCAUGCAAUUCUAUUUUUGGGAGUGGUCAUGCAUGCGGCGGCCAACAGUGUAAAUUUCGUGAAUCAAGAUGGCACCACCCGCACUAUUAUCUUUACAUCUCAGAGUGGGCAACAACAACUUAAUUCUAUCAAAGUGGCGGGAAAUUCCGCCAUACAACAAGAAUUUCCCCAAGGCUGGAUUGGAAACUGGUACUCAGUAUCGGAAGGUUCACCGAAUGUGCCCGGUAUGCUCGGUGAGGUUCGUUUUGAUGGCUUCGGAGGGGCCACAUACUUUGACGUGUCAGCUAUUGUCAACCCCACCGAUAAUUCUGGCGUCAAGCAGCUGUUUCCAGCACAUGACAACAAACCGGUCUCAGGCUGUCAAAACUUUCCUUGCGCUAACGCAUAUAAUAAAGCCGAUGACUUGCAAACUGCCAGUACACCUUUUAAAGACCUGAUUUGCUUGUUGGGCAAUUCGAUGAACCCACGCCGGCGUGGCUUUUUUGGUGGAUAG